UGGAACAUUGAAGGACUACUACCACUUCUACCAUAGUAAAACAAUUAAAAGGUCAGUUCUCUCAAGUAGAGGUACCCACAGCUUCAUUUCAAUGGAACCAAAGGUGGAGUGGAUACAACAGCAGGUGGUUAAAAGAAGGAUAAAGAGGGAUUAUAAACCUGGUGGUACCCAAUCCACUUAUUUCAAUGAUCCCAAGUGGCCAAGCAUGUGGUACAUGCACUGCAGUGACAACACCCACCAUUGCCAAUCAGAUAUGAAUAUAGUAGGUGCUUGGAAGAGAGGUUACACUGGAAAGAAUGUUGUGGUCACCAUCCUGGAUGACGGCAUUGAAAGAAACCACCCAGACUUGAUGCAGAAUUAUGAUUCGCAAGCCAGUUUUGAUGUAAAUGGAAAUGAUUUUGACCCUAUGCCUCGAUAUGAUGCCAGCAACGAGAACAAGCAUGGAACCCGUUGUGCUGGAGAAGUGGCAGCCACGGCAAACAACUCACACUGCACAGUAGGAAUCGCCUUUAAUGCCAAGAUUGGAGGUGUACGGAUGCUGGAUGGAGAUGUGACAGAUAUGGUGGAAGCAAAGUCCCUAAGCCUUAAUCCCCAGCACAUCCACAUCUACAGUGCCAGCUGGGGGCCCGAUGACGACGGUAAGACCGUGGAUGGACCCGCUUCUCUAGCACGUCAGGCCUUUGAGAACGGCAUCAGAAUGGGACGAAGAGGCUUAGGUUCAGUCUUUGUUUGGGCUUCUGGAAAUGGUGGAAGAAGUCGAGACCACUGCUCCUGUGAUGGCUACACCAACAGCAUCUACACUAUCUCUAUAAGCAGCACAGCUGAAAGUGGAAAAAAGCCGUGGUAUCUGGAAGAAUGUGCAUCCACACUAGCUACAACGUACAGCAGUGGAGAAUCCUAUGACAGGAAAAUAAUUACUACAGACCUGAGGCAGCGUUGCACAGAUAGCCAUACUGGAACCUCAGCCUCUGCACCUAUGGCUGCAGGCAUCAUUGCCCUAGCACUGGAAGCAAAUCCAUUUCUGACCUGGAGAGACGUACAGCACAUUAUUGUCAGGACUUCACGCGCAGGACAUCUGAAUGCUAAUGACUGGAAAACCAAUGCAGCUGGUUAUAAGGUGAGCCACCUUUAUGGAUUUGGACUGAUGGAUGCUGAAGCAAUGGUGACAGAAGCAGAAAAGUGGACAACGGUGCCUCCACAGCAUGUGUGUGUGGAGAACACAGAUCGGCAAAUCAAAACAAUACGACCUGACAGCAUUGUCCGUUCAAUUUAUAAAGCCACUGGCUGUUCAGAUAAUCCUAACCAUCAUGUGAUCUACUUGGAGCAUGUUGUUGUACGUAUCACUAUUACUCACCCUCGACGUGGAGACUUGGCAAUUUACCUAACCUCUCCUUCUGGAACUAGGUCACAGCUCUUGGCCAACAGGCUAUUUGAUCAUUCCAUGGAAGGAUUCAAAAACUGGGAGUUUAUGACUACUCACUGCUGGAGUGAAAAAGCAGCAGGUGAUUGGAUCUUGGAAAUCUGUGACACUCCAUCUCAGCUGAGAAAUUUCAAGACUCCAGGCAAAUUGAAAGAGUGGUCCUUAGUACUGUAUGGAACAUCCAUCCAGCCUUACUCACCAAGAAAUGAUUUUUCCAAAGUGGAAAGAGUGCGCUCCAGUCCAGUUGAAGACCCUACAGAAGAUUAUGCAACAGAUGACUAUUCAGGUCCCUGCAAUGCAGAAUGCAGUAAAGUAGGGUGUGAUGGGCCAGGACCAGAUCAUUGUACUGACUGUCUGCACUAUUACUACAAAUCUAAAAACAACACAAGGAUCUGUGUUUCGACCUGCCCACCUGGUCACUACAGUGCAGACAAGAAACGAUGUAAAAAAUGCUCACCCAAUUGUGAAACCUGUGUUGGAGGCCAUAGUGACCAGUGCAUGACCUGUAAAUCUGGCUACUACCUGAAUGAAGUAACCAAUAGCUGUAUUACCAACUGCCCUGACGGGUUUUACCUGGACAAGAAUAAGAUUGUUUGUCGUAAAUGUAGUGAAAACUGCAAGACCUGUGUUGAAUUCCAAAUCUGCACAGAGUGCAAGCAUGGACUAAGUUUGCAUGGCACCAGAUGUGCUAUCCGCUGUGAAGAAGGAAAAUACCAUAAUGGCAGAGAGUGUGAGCCAUGCCACCGUUCCUGUGCAACAUGUGCAGGUGCUGGAGUAGAUGCCUGUAUAAACUGCACACAGGGUUACUUUAUGGAAGAUGGAAGAUGUGUGCUGUCCUGUAGCAGUGGUUAUUACCUUGAUCACUCUGCUGAAAGUGGAUACAAAAGCUGCAAAAGAUGUGAUGCCAGCUGUUUGGAUUGCAGUGGCCAAGGAGACAGAAACUGUACAAGCUGUCCAAGUGGCUAUAACCUAGACACUGGUGUCUGCGUCAUUGGAACAGUAUGCAAGGAUGCCACGGAAGAGUCCUGGGCCGAGGGAGGAUUCUGUAUGCUGGUGAAAAAGAACAAUCUCUGCCAGAGGAAAGUGCUUCAGCAAUUGUGCUGCAGAACAUGUAAACAAAAGGGGUGAACUGACACCUCCCAGCAUCCUCCUCCUCCUCCUGUUGACUUACAGAUUAAUUCAUAUUACUGAAAAAGGAAAAAAAAAAAGAAAGAAAAAGAAAGCAAGCCACCUUUCUCCCUCUCCCCCCUCUUUGUCUGGGGAGAUGGCGAACUGUUUGUUGGAACUUAAAUGGAAAAACUACAACACGCCUACCUUUCAUAACUGGGUGUCUAGAGCUGAGCAUCCAGGAUCACAGAGUCAGUAUUGUGUGACCAAAGCAUUUGAUGCCAAAAUUAACAUUUAACUCUUGAUUUGAUUUCCUGUCAACGUUAGGAUUAUUCCUGUUUUUUGAAGGUUCUUUUUCUUCCCAUCUUUCCUGCUUCUUUCCACUUCAAGAUGUUUAAAUAGUGUUUCAAGAAUACAACACAAGUUUACAUGGAUUAAAACUAAACAAUACGAAAAGAAUUGCAUUAGUCUGUUUUUGUGCUGUAUGUAUUGACAGGGGGAACUUGAGUUCCUGAGGGGAUCCGAAACAUCAUUAGUGCAGGACUAAGUUCUACCCCUUUUCUAACACUAUUUUAAAAAAUGGAAAGUGAACAUUUCUGCACACCUUUCUUACUUCCUCUGCUGUAUGCUUUUUUUGUAUCACAUGCGGUAUGUAUAUAUGUUUGCCCAAAAUGUGGUUUUGGUCAUAUAGAUUUCAUUUUUAGACAGGUGGCUUAUUAACAGAUAUGCUAGGAUUUUUAUUUUAUUUUUUUAAAUUGUCAAAGCUAUUUCAAAUAAACAUAAGAAACCCAUUGUUCCUGUAGUGGACAAAUUUAGAAUAUACUACUUCUCUUGAUUUGCGUAAGUGAGAGUAAUGUAUAUGCUCAGAAGUCAGAAAACAUUGCUAACAUGUAAGAAGUAUUCAUAAAUUAUUGUUGUCUUGUAAUGUUCAUUUAAAAAGGGGAUAUUAUCAUACAGAUAUGUGGAACUGUUUCAUAGUGCCCAUAUGUAAAUGCCAGUGUGACUAUAUACAACAGGAUGUGUUUACAGGACUGGAUUUAUAAUUGCGCCAAAUACACCUCCAGGAAAAAUUGCAUAUAGGGCAAUAAAUCAGUGAUUCUCUUGGUGCCAUGAUGGGCCUGAAUCUGCUUUUAACUGCUCACAGUAGAAAUUUCAGCAGGAGUAGUCCUGCUAAGGCCAGUGGAGUUACCUCGCUGUAAAAUGGUCCUGAGUGAUAAGAGAAGUGAAGCCUCACUCUUUUUCUACCCAGGCACAUGGCUGCCAGUACAAAUUUCUGUUUAAUUUGUCUUCUUCAGCUUCACUCAGCAUACUGUUCAAAAGACAGUCGUUUCACAUAAAACAGCAAAUUGAACUUCAAAGAUACUGUUUACUGGGGAUAAUACUUAAAACAUGCAAAGUGUCUUUCUCAGUUAGCUUUCCAGAACACACAAACAGAAAAUGGAUUUCAGCUGUUUAAGCAUGUAAAUCCUGGAAAAUAAAGGGGAUCAAAAAUGACUGUGGAUGUUUUACAAACUAAUUCAAACCUUUAGAGGUAAUGUCCUCUUAGCAGAGAGCAGAUAAACUAUUUCAGUAUGGUUCAGUAUGAGAGAGUGCAGUUAAGCUCCUUUGGUGCCCAUUACAAAUUUCCUGAUAAACAUUCAAAUUUGUGCUAGUUUAAUUACUAGUCUGUUACUGCCUCAUUUCUCAGUAUAGCGUGUUUAAAUAGAACAUAAUGCUUUCAAAGUUUAAGUUAAUAUUAUAUAUGUUAUAUAUAAAUAUAUAUUCACUAUUGAGAUUUAAUUAUGUAAUGGAUUGUAAAGAAUCUGUUUGGAUACUUACAAAUGUCUCUAACACUAUUAUAGAGAAGAAAUUAAUAACUUUGUUUUCUUUUAAAAAAAACUGACAUUGUUAUAACGAAAUCCAUUUUUACUGAAAAAAUACUGUACAUGUGUAAAAUGUUCAGUUGUUAUUUGUAAAAUAGGGUAGUUCUGUUGUAAUUGAUACUGGCCAAAAUCAAUGUUAUUCCAUAUUUUAUUUUUUCUAUUAAAUUAACCUAAAUUCC